AUGCUUUUUGUGCAGCAUGUGAUCGUACCGGAAUGGGAUCCGAAUUUGACAAGUAAUGGAACAAAAUAUGCACAACGUGUCACACGUCUGAAACCGUCAACGCCAUCGCAAUUCGUAAAGAUGCAGUUCCGUGAUGAUCCGUUUGGUGAUACAGCAUCAAUAAGUUUUAAGGAAGCUUCAAAAUUUAUAUCAAUCUCUAAUCAGUUUUGCAAAGGUAGUUAA